CAUUACAAAGAGGCUUUACUUAUAGUGCUGUUCGGGCUGUUAGCUAUGAAGAUACCGUUAAAAAUAUGCUUCUAACUAAAGACACUCGUGUUAUAUGCCAAGGGUUUACCGGAAAGCAGGGAACCUUCCAUUCAGAACAAGCAAUUGCUUACGGUACUAAUAUGGUAGGUGGUAUUUCACCCAAAAAAGGUGGACAAACUCAUUUGGGAUUACCAGUUUUCAAUACUGUAAAGGAAGCAGCUAAAGAAAUAAAACCGGAUGCUACAGUAAUUUACGUGCCACCACCAGCUGCGGCUGCAGCAAUUUUGGAAAGUAUUGAAGCCGAAAUUCCUUUGAUCGUUACUAUCACUGAAGGAAUUCCACAACGCGAUAUGGUCAAGGUUGUGAAAGCAUUGAAAUCUCAAAAUAAAACACGCCUUAUAGGACCAAAUUGCCCUGGUAUUAUUGCACCAGGAGCGUGUAAAAUAGGAAUUAUGCCAGGUCAUAUUCAUCAAAAAGGUAAGGUUGGUAUCGUUUCGCGUUCAGGAACUUUAACUUAUGAAGCCGUCAAUCAAACAACCCAAGUAAAUCUUGGACAGACUUUAUGUGUGGGUAUUGGAGGUGAUCCAUUUAAUGGAACUAACUUUGUAGACUGCUUAAAAUUAUUCUUGGAAGACGAAAAUACGAAAGGUAUCAUAUUGAUUGGAGAAAUUGGUGGAACUGCUGAAGAAGAAGCAGCAGAAUAUUUGAAACAGCAUAAUAUGACUCGUAAUCAACCAAAACCUGUAGUAUCUUUUAUUGCAGGAUUAACUGCACCACCAGGUCGUAGAAUGGGACAUGCAGGAGCUAUUAUAGCUGGUGGUAAAGGUGGUGCCACUGAUAAAAUCAAAGCAUUAGAAAAUGCCGGAGUAGUUGUAUCAAAGAGUCCCGCCAGACUUGGCAUUCAUUUAAGAGAAGUCGGAUUAGCUUAA